CUGUUCGGAUUCUUUCAAUGAACGAAAAAGUAGAGCAGAGUUUAGGCGUGUGCUUUGUGAGAUAAUGAAAACAAGAAAAUAAUAAUAAUUUAAACCGCCUACUAAUUCGACCUACAGUGCUAUAUUAAAUAAAAAUAAAAUGCCAUUUUAAAUAAAGUCCAUCCUAGUAGCGUAUUACUAGAAAACAAAUUGUUUGGACAAUGCGACAAUUCGGAAGCGUUUUACAAGUCAAAAUCGUGUUGUUGAUACUGUUUCUUCUUUCAUUUAUCUCACCAUUGAUCUAUGUAUGGCUAAUUGAAGAUAGGAUUGUGAUCCCUGUGCAAGUUUAUAAGAAUAAAGUUGUAUUGGACAGAACAGGAACCAGGAAUGAAGCCCACUUUGACACUUGCCCUGUUUUUAAAUUGGACCCCAACAACAAUGCACCUGACAAAGAAGCAGUGAAGUGUCGCAGAGCAGACUUCAUACCGGGGUCUUGCCACUUGAUGAAGAAACUAUUCAUUGACAGGCCUGCAAACUGUUCUCAAAAAUACCCUGACAUUAUUUGUGCCAUUAAAAAAUACAAUCCAAGUAACCCCAGAGUUACAUGUCACAGCAACCUGUGCACAGGACCUUUGUUUUUAGGCUUAUACCAAGAAGACACAGGAGAUUACCAGUGGGAAUCAUUUAACUCAGCAGACCUGCUUACAGCUUUUAUUAACGCAAAACUACUAGUGGAUUAUAUGGUCUAUCAUCAUGGAUACUGCUUACUCAAGUGCAGAAAUCAGAAAGGGAGGCUGGUAAAGCAGCUUCUUAUUCUCCCUCCAGUUUUGCACUCAACAGAAGAAGCCAAGAGGACUGCUGCUCCAAAGCAAGCUCGACUUAAUGUCAACAUUUUGCUGCUGGAUUCAGUCUCCAGACACCAUUUCUUUCGCAUUCUUCAGAAAACAGUUGGUACAUUUAGGACAUUAAAUGAAGAUGCCUUCAAAACAGGUCGGGUGUUUGAUUUCGAACUGGUUCAGGGAAUCAAAAGCAGAACUUUUGAAUCUCUUCAGGCCCUGUUUGCUGGCAAGGCUUUUGAUUCCGAUGCUCUUCGCCUGAAGACAGUGGAUCUCAACGAAACCUUGGGCAAAUUCAAAGCCUUUGGGUAUGAGACUCUCUAUGUUGAGGAUAUGUGCUGGGAGUGGGAGUGGGGUCUUGUUAAAGAGCAGAGGGCUCUCAAUCUUUCCGCGCCACGUUCUACAAGGAUGAAACUUUUUGUAGAAGCAACCAAAAGGGCUGGAAUUGACAGGACAGAUGUCUCCUACAGCAGCUGUGAAAUACUUCAGGAAAACGGGUUUAAAGAUAUGUUCCAUGGACCUGAUGCCAUUUGCUACAAUGGAGUACAUCAGCAUACUUAUCUCCUUCAGUACAUGGAGUAUUUCCUAGCACGUUUUUCCUAUUUGCAAAAGCCUGCAUUUUCUUUUCUUAUCCUGGAUACAGCUCAUGAAGACACUGGGAUCAGGCUGAAGCAACUAGAUGAGGACCUGGCCAGACACGUCACCUUUCUGGCUAAUCAGCAAAACACUGUUACUUUCAUUCUCUCAGAUCAUGGCAACAACUACGGCCGCUUUGUGGCUGCCUCCCGAGAAUCUCAGGUGGAGUUGUUCCAUACUCACCUGUUUGUCAUUGUCCCAGAUCAAGCGGCCAUUCUGCUGGGCAAGGACAAGAUGAGGUCCCUGCUUACCAACCAACACAGGCUGGUGAGCCUCAUUGACGUCCAUCACACUGUUAAGAGCUUGCUGCCAUCAGCAAGCCACCUCACAGACACCAAAGUGUCUUUAUACAAUGUGAACAGGGAUGGGCUCCUGAGCCCUGUUUCACCUAACAGGACAUGCCAGGACAUUCCUAGAAUUCAGCCCAACUUGUGCAUUUGCCAGAAUUACUACACACCGCAGCUGAACGACUCCUAUCAUGCCUUGUUUGCAGAGUUUGCUUUGGCUCACAUGAACCGGCAAAUUGCUCAGGAGCAGCAAAAUUCCAUACAAGCCUGUCAGAGACUGGUAGCUACCAGGUUUGAUGAUGUGAAAGUAAAAGAGGUGUCUGAAAAUGAGAUACAGGUCAAUCUUGACCUGUAUGUCAGAGCACCAAAAUCUACUGGCCACACUGAAGAGCGAUUCACAGUGAGCAUUCACUUCAGCAGCCAAGAAAAUGUUGAGGUGAUGUUGUUUUUGGGGUUUGACCGCAUUACAUCCUAUAGUAUUUAUCGGAAGUGUUCAAAUACUGCUGUGGAUCUCAGGCUUUGUAUCUGUGAUCUUCAAGAAGCUGAUUCAAAUGAAUAUCUGAACCGGUCAGUUCUGUGGCAGGACACUACUACUAGUGUAAUUCAUGAACCAUGUCUCUACCUGCUGACACGGAAGUAUCCUUCUGGGGUUGUCUUAGCAAUAAGUAAUGUCUGUUUUGAUGUUCAGUAUAGCAUUGAGUUUGAUUUCUUAACAUUUAAUCUGCACUCUUCAACUCGGAUGCCUUUAAUUCUUCACGUUGAGCCCCGAUCAGAGGAACAUCUUGUGGUUGGAAUUCAAAAGAAUAAGCACAAGCCUUGGAAGUACAAGUAUAGGUUAAAUUAUAACACUUUUACAGUUUAAGUUUCUAUUUUAUUUGUAUUUUCAGGAAGUGUGUCUGAUAAGUGAUUUGUUUUCCCUAGGAACAGUUGUAAAAAAAAAACAACAACAACAACAAAAAAACAAAACACUUGAAGUCAAUAUUGAUUGGUUACUGUCCACCUCAUUUAAAUGAUUGUUUUAGGAAAUGUUGUAUUUUUUUAUAUUUUAAUACUUCUUUAUGUAUUUUAUUGCAGUCAAAUGUUUUGCAAGUUUAUUAAAAAAAAAAAGAGCUUUUUUUAAGGGUAACUCUUGUUUUUUUGUUUUUUGCAUACAGUGGGUGAGGGGAUUUCAGAUACUUGGGGUGGGAUUUUACAUCUAGCUUUAUUAAAGAAAGUUUUAUGCAGCGAGCACAAAUUUUCUUCACCUGUUCUCGUCUCUUACUUUUGUAAGAUUCUAGUGAAUCUUGUAAAGUUUGUAAAUAAAUUACACCAAUUACUGGGUGCAUACCAAUAAUGUGCCUACAGUGGAAUCUGCUUGUGUAACUAAAAAAAUAUAUACAUUUUUGCUAAUGUUUUAUUUUGAUAUUUCCUGUUGCAUAAUCGAACAUGCUUAGACUAUUGCAUGCAAUGUUUUUGAAAUAGCUAAGGCUCAAUGAUCCUUGCAGAUUGACAUAUGUCAUACACGUUAUAGCCAGUAUUUUGUUACGGGGAUGGAUGGAGUUUUUUUUUUUGAAAACCACCCCCCUAGAUACCCCACUGGUUAUAGCCCACAUGAUAUCUGGUACCAUAGAAGGAAACUAACAGCUUCUAUGCUUUAUUCUUGGGUUAUCUGUCUGCACUUGAACUCUUUAGGUCAUUUUACCUAAGCAAUGUCUUCUGGAUAAAAAUAAUAUUGGUUAUUGACAAAAGAAGCCACUAAACAGACAGGACAAUUUCAAUCUCCAGGUGAAAUGACCCAUUAAGUACAAGACAGUUAAAAAGCAUGGCUUUUAAACAGAGUUUUCUUUAACCUAGCGUACUACCGGACUAUGUGACGCUAUGCAUCAUGUCCAUAUUUAUUAGAACUACUGGAGUGCACCAUGAUGCUAGAAAUUCCUAGCUAACAAUGAAAAAUGGUAUGACACAUAGAACCAUCGAAUCCACACUGUCUGAAAGUAACACACAUAUCCAAUCACAGAAAUCAGUUUGAGAACAUGAUUAACUCUCUAACAAAUAUGUGCACUCCACUGACUCUCUUAAAAGUAUUUUCCUGGGAUGCAUUGUGGAAGGAUGUCUGAAUAAAUAACACGCCAGAGAAGUAUGUGGGUUUGUUAUUUUUGUUUUUGUUUAUUUUAAAUCAU